UUGUCGACGCUAGUAAAAUUUUUGUCCAACUGCCAAAGAAUCUUAAAAUUAAAUAACACAUAAUUCAAAUUAAAACAAAAUUGGGAUAAUCCGAAAGAUUGCCAACAAGUGAUUAAGAAAAAAAGCAUAUUGCCGAGUUAAAAGCUUUAUAAAGGUGAUAAAAGUGUGUGAUUAAGGCACCUGCUUAAGUGCACUAUGUGAAUAUAAUCAUUAAAUAAGCAUUGCUCAAGCCCAAAAUUGGCUUAAACGUAUAUAAUAUGGCUAACCCAAGGCGUUUUUGUGGAUUGAAACCGCUUUUUGCCAAAUAAUUGUCGACAAACUUUGCCAGGAUUUUAUUGAUUUUUCCUUUGUAAUUGGCCAGCAAGGAAAAGUCUGCGGAGAGCGCACUCUCUGUCUGCUCACGGCUUUUCCAUUUUCCUCUCCCAAAAAGCCGCUCUCUUUUGCCACUUUGUUUUGCUCAGCUUGUUCGCAAAUAAACAACCCAAGUUUCCCCCACAAAAAGCCAAAACAAUGAAAUUGCAAUAGAAAUGCAAUCAACUAAAUUGAAAAUAUGAUAAUUUGCACAUGAGAGGUCAAAACAUAGCUGAAUCAUUGGAAGCAAUAUCGCCCUGAGACCAGAAACUAAUCCCCCGCUCCCUGCACUCCAACAUGCUGAAUAGCCGGAGCCCCCCUCAGUACAAGCAGCAAUCCCCGGGGGGCUCCGUCGGCUCCGUGGGUUCAGCCGGCUCCAUCAGCUCCGUGAACUCCACCAACUCCACGUCCCAGUUGCUGGGCCACUACCAGUCCGCCUACGGACAGCAGGGACAGCACUCGCACGCCUGCUACCAGCACCAGCUGCAGCAGCAGAAACACCAGCAGUACCAUCACCACCAGCAUCACCACCACGGAGGACGCACCUCACUGACCCCCACCAUGAAGCGGGGCAAGAAGCAGUGGGGCUCCAGGGAGCGGUCCGGCAUGAGCUUCCUCAUCGUCAUCACCUUCUUCGCCGUCUUCGGCUUGAUCAUACUGACCGAGGUCUUCAUGAUCGACGAGCGGACCCACAGCGGCAUGUUGGCGAUGCGGGCGGGCGGAGGAGGCGGGGCUAGCCUGGGCGGGCGGAUGGGCGACUCGAUGCCGGAUUAUGAUAAUGUUAAGGACGAUUACGAUCUAUUGGACGCCAGCAUUUUGAGUGAUAAUAAAUUAGGAUUUAUACAGCUGCGUGACAAUAAACUGAAAAUUCAAGAAGCCGCAGGCGCCGAUGGCCAGCGCUUGGCAGGAAUGCUCCUCAAUGGCGGCGGCGGUGGAGGAGCGGGAGCGUUCGGUGUGAAUGUACCGCUCAUACCCUGGGGCCAGGUGCUGCCCGGCAAGGUGGAGGAGACGCUGCCCCACUUCCCAUUUGGCACGCGGCCCACGGACGGCGCCUGGCAGGUGGUCAACGGCACCCGCUUCAAGUUCUUUGUCUACUCCGCCUACUUCGAUCGGCGCGAGGGAGCGCGCCUGGUGCGAGUGGUGGGAGCCACCAAAACGCGGGGGCCGGAGCGGGUCUGGUGCCGGUUCUGGUACGGACCAAGUCCGUCCAAUGCCACGGACGGGGGCUCCUCCUCCUCGGCACGUGCCAAGUACUCCUCGGCCACUGUAAUGGCUCGCGUCAAGAUCAUUCGCGAGAACUGGAAUCUGAAAUACAGCGCCUGUUUUAUCCUGUGCCCGGUGCGCACUCCGCCCCUGGGCGUUCCCCAAUUUGUGAGCGUGGUGUCCCGCCUGCGAGCUCCUCCGGGCAAUCUACUGAUCCUGCGCAACACCGACCAGGAUGCGGAUUUUGCAGCAAGCCCGUCGCGCAAUGCAAGUGCCAGGAAAGGGCUGCCAUUGAGUCGGCCUCCGCCGAGUGGUGACAAUGUACCCGAUCGAAUAGCAGUCUGCGUGAAACCCUUGCAUUUCAACUACGAUCAGGCGCUGUAUCUGAUGGAAUACCUGGAGUUCUACGCCCUGCUGGGUGUCUCCCACUUCACCUUCUACAACCACACCCUGGGACCGCACGCCUCCUGCGUCCUGCAGAGCUACCAGCAGGGCCUGGUGCCCGGAAAUCUGACCGCCCAUGACCUGGAACCACUGCUGCCGGCGGAUGCGGCCAACAAUGCCACGCCCCGCGUGCUCAGGACUCAGUACGAACGACCCACGGUCAGCAUCCUGCCGUGGAACCUGCGCAUGCGCAGCCAGAAGGAGAUCCGCACCGAAGGACUCUUUGCGGCCCUGAACGACUGCCUCUACCGCACCAUGUACCGCUACAAGUAUCUGGCCCUGGUCGAUCUGGACGAGUUCAUUGUCCCCCGCUACUCGGACACCUUGAAUGAGCUUAUUAGAACUCUAAAUCAGCGCUUUCGCAAUCGCAACACGGGGGCCUAUUCCUUCCAGAACGCCUUCUACUAUCUUCAGUUUGCCGAUGACAGCCUGGCUAGUUCUGGAAUUGAGGGUGGCAAUGAUCAGUUAGCCAGUGUGCGGGCUUCUCUGGUGACCCAACGAAAAACUCGCAGGCGCUAUAAGUUGCAUCCUCAGAAGCAGCGAUCCAAGUACAUCUGCAAGCCGGAGGCAGUCGUCGAGGCGGGCAAUCAUUUUGUGUGGGAAUUCGCUCCGGGAAAAGGAUCUCUUAAUGUUCCACCAAAGGAAGCCAUUUUGCAGCACUAUAGGGUGUGUGAGUUCGGUGGUAACGACUGCAUCAAGGCGCCCUCGAUAGUGGAUCGCACGACCACGAAGUAUGUGAAUCGCCUGGUCCAGCGCGUGGAUGCGGUGUAUCGUCAUCUGCGCCAGCGUUGCGACCUUCCAGCCCUGCCCCCAGUGCCCAAGACCCAGGAAAAGCCCAAGGAAGUGGCCAAGGAGAAGCCUAAGGAAAUGACCAAGGAGAAGACCAAGGCUGGUGCCGACGAGAAGCCCAAGUUGCUGCAGAAGAUGAGGGAAACGAAUGCGAAGGUCACCCGGCAGCUGUGUGUCACCACGAGGGAGAGCAUAAUCAAAGGAAUGGCUGUCACAGCUGCCCCAACAACCAAACCGACAACGACGACGAAGGCAACAACGAAGAGAGUGACAACGAAGAAACAGCAGCAGCAGAAGGCCAAUCCGGUCACCACGCCCGUGAUCCCCACGACAAGGAGCUCAACAGCUCCCAGGCAAUCGCAUCCCUCGGCCAAUGUGCGCAAGAAACGGAAGCUGAUCGUGUUCGAGAUCAACGACUUCGGGAUUCCCGUGGCCCGGGUGGAGUACCAAUGAGAUAGGGACUUGGUUGGCAACAUUUAGACGGGGAGUUUUGUUCGUUUCUGUGCCAAUUAGUUCGAGGUUAUAUUUUGGUUGUGUUCAGCCGCGGUUGAUCAGAGUGCUCAACAAUCGUACUGACCCUAACGACUUAAGUAUGCUCAUUUGCUCACCCUAGAAGUAAAACGCAAAGCACGCACUUACGUAAGCCCAAAGCAAUACCACUAGGUUCUAGCAAUACGAUCUCAAAGCAACGACAUCAGCAAGUACGAAGAAAAUAUGAAAAACAUAUUUGGUUGAUUAUUUAAGCAUAAAGAAUCCUUUGAAUACUUUUUGAGUCCUUAUAUAAAUAUUGUUUACUUAAAAUAAUUUCUUGUAAAACCACAAGGUUAUAAAAACACAAAAGGUCUUUUAAAUGCACAAAAAAUACUCAGACAAUGCUAGAUAGAAGUAACUACAAAAAUUAUAAUCACUAAUCACCGUUUAGUUGUUCUUCUUAAUUUGGAAAAUAUCUUUUCCCAAUUUCUGGUAAUCCUAAUGCAAAAUUAUUCCUAAGCAAAAUUCAGAAAAUUCCUAAGCGAAAUUCAUAUGUAAUCUAAGCCAUUGUUUCGUGUUGUAGAUUAAGCAAUAAAAUUUACAAAAAUAAACUAAAGCACAGGCAUGCAGAUAGUGAAUUCGUAACCAUACUUUCCCGGUGAACUGUUAGUGCAACAUUAGCAUUUCGCAAGUGAAAAAGUCCUCCGAGGUACGCGCUUAGACUCUGGAUUAGCGGGCUAGGAAAGGCUUAGGACAUAUCUGCCAGUCCUUAGAGCUGAUCUGGAGGCAAAAAUGCAAAGUAAUUAGUUAAGCUAACCAAAAAACUGAAACGAAUUUUCAAUGCUUCGAAAUCUGUAUACUUUUUGUUUGGCUUAGCGCGCAAAAGGUAUAACAUAAUUAUAAAGUAAAUUUAACAAAGUAAUAAACAAAUAUGUAAUAGUCGAUCUAUAGAAACUAAGUGGCAAUUUCAGAUGCUGCAGAGAUCUAUUAAAUACAAGAAGUCAAUAAAAUUGCAAGAAGCAAACUAAGGUAGAA